AUGACGGUCGCCGUCGUCGAUGAUGGAAUGGCAGCCACGAUGCGACAUCCGACGGGAUUUGCAUGCGGUGCCUGCAUGCCCACUUUGCGAAAAAUGGCACGCAGCGUCAUGGGCAUUCGAGCCGAGAUUCCAUUGAUAAAGGUUCGCACCGUGUCCCCUUGUCGCUCUGUGCCGCCCUCUCCUGUUGCGCAGCUGCCCGGCCGUCAUUCCAGUUUUGGUUCCAGAGCCGGCCCUCUCAGCCAUAUGCCGCUGCGCUGCCCUGCUGCGCUGCUGCCCUUCUCCGCCUCUGCUCUGCAUCUGUACAUCCGUUCCUUAGCCGCUUCACCCGCAAUCCGUCUUUGCAUGGCGCAGGAGUCGACAAAGUUGGGCAUGGCCUCCUCCUCCUCCUUCUCCUCAUCCUCGCCGCACGCACUCCUUCAUCUCGCGCUUCCUCCACCACCGCGUCGCAUUCCGCUUGGGUCGAGUCUCACCCACCCACCCUGCCACCCACCCCUCUGCAUUCCCGUUCCGACCCCUGCGCUGGGUCAAUGCAACGAUCUCCGUCCUGCGUCUCACUUUGAGCACUCGAAGCAGCUGCUCACCGUUACCGACAGAAGUCGCCGCUUCUUAGCUGCCCCUUGGCGAGGCGCGUCCGGCAUCAUUACCCCACCGAUCGGCGCCGUGCGUGCUCGCAUCCGCAUCAUCGCCACCACCACCACGCACUUGCCUCGCAUCUCGCAUCUCGCCUCUGCCUUACUUUCACCCCAAGCCCACCCACCACGCCCCCCACACGCGUCGUGCAUCAGUCCAGCUUCGGUGGUACACCUCGCCACCUCGCCAACCUCUUACUUGCUCUGCGCCAUGUCGCAGACUGCCGGCCAUGCGCAAGUGUCGUUGCAUCCUCUAGCUUCGCGCCACGGCGGCGUCUCGUCCACUCUUGUCUCGGUCAACCUUCCAGCUGCUAAAGCCGAAUCGCCGCGCCAUGGCCCUGCGCAGUACGCGCAAGAUCCGUGUGCUUCCUCCAAGCAAGACCAUGGCACGCCGCGCUUGCAUCCAUCCUCGCCUACCCACACUGCCUCGCGUCGCUGCCGCGCUCGAUCGCCUUCACCCAAGUCGCUCCCAUCGCCCGCACAAUGUUGCGAGCCGCCAUCGUACGGUAUCCAGCAUGCGGACCUCGACGACUAUCCCAUCAUCUCCGACGAGCCUCUCCCCUCCGACUCGGCCAGUGAUGACGAGAGCCAGGACGACGACGACAGCAUCGUGGCCACCGUCGACGAUCGCUCUUCACAUCGUGGCUCCCGCCGCCUGUCCAAACGGAACCUGGCUGCACCCAUCCGCGCCAUGUCCGCUGCCCAGCUCGCCGCACUGCACGACCAGUAUGUUUCGCUCGACGUGCCUCACCACGUCGUCUUCCCCUACCUUCAUGGCGUCGAUGGCAGCAUCCCUGCGCAGAACGCCUUCUUCGGCGCUCCCUUGAGCGGUCAACCCACGCCUGCCUACCGUGGCCUCACCAUCCUUCGCGCCGACAUGCCCACUGCCCUCGAGAUGGAGCGCAUGCAGGCCUCCCGCAAUGCCUAUGCCUCCACCGGCUCCCGUGCACGUGCUCGCACCUUCUCCAGCGUCACCACACACUCUUCCGGCAGCUCGCCCGACACCGACGACGGCUUCGAAUCCUCCUGGAAUGGCCUCAAGGUCCCCGGUCGCGACUCUGAACUCACCGACACCGCCGCAUCCACAGCCUCCGUCUCGGCUUCCACCGCAUCCACCGUGUCGUCGCAGACUUCGAGACCUUCGCUCUUCUCGGUCGCGUCCGGCAGCUUCAGCGCCGGAUCUCGCACCAGCGUUUCCACCGAGAGCAGCAUCGUCGACGAGGGCCCACGUGCUUCCGCCAAGGGCCUCCGCUCGCUCAGCCCCACGCCCGUCGAGCCGCAGCCGCGCCAUUCCAUCCUCAACUCCACCGUCUUCCCAGUCGAAAUCAUUCGACCCCCGUCGGUUUGCAGAACCGUCUACGGACGCACCUUCUACAGCGACCUCUCCGAGUCGGGCAGCUGGGGCGACGAAGAGGAGACCAGCAAGGUCCGUAGGAUCGCUCCUUCCUUUGUCCGUCCGCAGCAGGCUUCGGGCGUCAGUCUGCGCAACUUCAAGAUCCAGUGCGCCAAGUACGCCACCGUCUCCGACAUUGUCAUCUACUGCCCCUACGGCUACCAUUCGGGCGCACUCACGCUUGCCAAGUGGGUCCGCGAGGCUCAGGCCGCCACCCGCCGAGAGCGCCUGCUGCGCGGCUGGGGUGGCCUGCAGUACAACGUCUUUGUCGUCACCGAUGCCUUUGACGUCUUCGAGCAGCGCUUCACUUCGCUCGUCUCGGUCGACAGCCACGGCUACGACCGCAACCGCGUCGACUUUGUCGACCGCGAGCGCGAGGAGAUGGAGCGCAUGACGCGCGCCUCCGAGAUCCACGACAACGUCUGGCUCGGCUGCACUGCCGAUGCGCCUGGUGCGCUCAGGAGGUCCGGCUACGGCGACGAUAGCGAUCCUCCUACGCCCGAUGAGCAGGCAAAUCCGCAAUGCUUUUCGGUCUGCAUCAAUUGCGAGGAGGAGCGCCAGCCGACAUCCAGCGCCUGCACCCCCGAAAUGCUGCGCAACGCCGCACAGUAUCUCGACUCCAUCGAUGCCUCCUUGCGCCUCGAGGAUGACACCGACAAGAUGCUCGGCAGCCUCAGCCGCGAUGCACUUUUGCGCCUUGACGGUAGCGCCCUCUGCGAAGCUGCCUACGAUGGCUUCCGCGAUGCCGAGUCGCGCGACGGUUCGUUGGUGCUCGGUCCGAAUGGCUGGACUCCCAAGCCGCGCUCGGUCCCCGUGCGAACCGACGCUUCCGCCUCUCACUUUGUCCGCACCCGCGCGGCAGACGUCGCCCGAGGCGCCGACGCUUAUGCCAGCGACUCCAAUCGCCGCGGUGUGCUCCAUCUCGAUGCCGCCAGUGUGGUGCACCUCGACUACCAGACCGGGAGCGCAGCAGCAUCUCGUGCCAAUGGCUGGCAGGAGAAGGCCGCCAAGAAGCUGGUCGACCUCUGCGUGUGGAUUCAGCAGCAGGCGAUGCCUCCCUCGUCAUCGUCCCCCGUCAGCUCCGACGUGCCAGCCUUCAACUCGAUCUCGUCCACGUUGCGCACUUUUCGAGACGGAUCGCGAUCGCCCACGCGUUCUUUCUCGCCCAACCACACCAGAGACCGCACUUCGCACGUCAGGACGGAACGCCAGUCCGCUGUGUCCCGUCGACCUAGACGAGUGCUGCUCCACUGCCCGGACGGCUAUACCGAGACCUCGGUGCUCGCGCUCGCUUACCUGAUGUUUGCGCGUGAGCUCAGCCUUGCCAACGCCUACCUCGACCUUCAGCUGCGCGUCAACCGAUCCUUCUUUGUCUAUCCGGCUGAUGUCGCUGUGCUCGAGGCCGUCGACAGGCUUUUGCAGCAGAUGCGCGCCGCACGCUCGCGAGCCACGCGAGAGGAUCUGGACGAGGCGGCACAUGCUCGCCGCUCGCGCCACGCCACGUCCAAGUCGUUCAGCGGUGCCACCUCUGGUGACGCACACCACGCCGAGAUACGCCGCAUGUCGCUUUCGGCCAACUUGGGCCGCGCCACACCGGCAAUCCCCGUCAAGAACGCUGGCGGACUUGUCCAUGGCGUCGACUUUGCCGCCGAGGGAAUGCGCUCGUCGUUGGCGAUGACGCCGUCGUCGGAGCUUGCAGGUGGAAUCUGCCGCACUUCGACGCCGACUCCGCGCAAAUGCCGAGCCGGCGUGGACACGGAUGUGGUCGAAAACCACGCUUGGUUCGACAAGACACGCUUCGACGGGUCGUUCCCCUCGCGCAUCUUGCCUUUCUUGUAUCUCGGCAACCUGGACCACGCGUCCAACGUGGACAUGCUGCGCGUACUUGGCAUCACGCACCUCGUGUCCGUGGGCGAGACUGCGCUCGCACCUCCGGAUCACAUCUCGGCCAAGAUCACUCCGCCUCUCAAAGAGAACGGCCGCACUCGGUACCAACGGGCGUCGGCCAAGGCCGCCAUGGCCGAAGAUCCAUCGACGGUGCCGUCGCUGCAUUACCAGUCGCAAGGCAUCACGGUGCUCAAUGUGCGCAACGUCUCGGAUGACGGCAUCGACUCGCUCCGCGGUACGAUGCGCGAGGCGGUGCAGUUCAUCGAAGCGGCGCGGUUGUCCGGUGGCAGGGUGCUGGUGCACUGCCGCGUGGGUGUGAGCCGCAGCACGACGAUCGUGCUGGCGUAUGUGAUGGCGCACCUGGAUCUGGGUCUGGUGGAGAGCUAUCUGCUGGUGCGCAGUCGCCGACUGAACAUUGUGAUUCAGCCGCACCUGCUGUUCCUGUGGGAGCUGCGUGGAUGGGAGACGUUCCUGUUCAAGGCCAAGCAGGCGCAGAUCAGCCUGGUGCGCGGCCAGCAGGGCUCGCCGGAUCUGCGCCGUGGCAGCGACAGCCGCGAGGCCUCGCACGCUCUCAUGGCGCUCUCGCUGCGCAGCGGCUCGGGUAGCGAUCAGGGCUCGGGCUCGUACAAGUCGGCGUGGUCGUCGCCCUCGAGCUCGCCGCGGGCGACGUACGCGCUGAGCGCGGCUGUGCCCGAGCUCGACGUGGCGAGUGGCAAGGAGGACGGCGCGUUUGAGCACCAUCUGCCGGGCGUCGAGAUCGGCGCAGGCGCCGGAAGCAUCCACGGCUUCGACAUGGCGCACUCGGCCACCAUGCCGUUCGGCUCGGGCAGCCCAAGUGGCCUCUCGUACCGAGCCUCGCGCCUGACCUGGGGCCACCUGGCGCGCGAGAUCGCCGAGCUCAACUCGCGAUACUUUGUCUAA